AUGUCAACAAACUCUCCCGCAAACUCGUUCCUCUCCGCGCCCACCACGGCAGCCAGCGUCCUCACACCAGCGAGCACCAUCUCAUCCCACGAUCCCUCAAUAAGAAUAUACAACGAUCCCAGUGACUCCUCCACCACCAGUGCCCGACUGCGAACAACGACCCCCUCCGGCUUCAAAUUCCCCGAUGUCUACGACUGGCCCGCCUUCUUCACAAUCCAACCCAACGCCCAAACACGGCAGGCGCAAAUGCGACGCUGGGCAAGCCUAAUCUCAGAUUGGUGUCGAUUCCAUCGCACAUUUCGACUUUCGUUGACUGAUGCUGUCGAUUCCCCGCUAUUCUAUAAUGUGCGGAUGCGAAAACGGGUUGGGAUACAGGAGGCCAAGACGAUUAUAGAUUGGAUGACGACAGCGCAGGAGGAUGGUGGUGGUGGGAGGAGGGCUGAAUGGGUUCCUGCGAGGUCUGGGACGGGAGUGAGUGAGAGGACUAUUGCUUGGAUCUGGUGGAGGAGGCCGGAGGAGUGGGCGAAGUUGAUUGCAGAUUGGAUCGAGGACACAGCGCAGAAGAAUACCGUUCUGACAGUCUACGAAUUGAUACAUGGAGAUGCCACUAUAUCACAAGAAUUUCAUGGCAUGGACUCCGAUGUCAUGCUCAAGUCCUUAAAUGUACUCAUCAAAAGUGGCAAAGCUCAGGUAUUCGGAAACGAUGAUGAGAAAGGAGUCAAAUUCUUCUGAAGUCCAAUCAAACACAUUGAUCGAUGCAAUGAUAUCCCACGCUAGUGACACUGCAAAAAAAAAAAAAAAAAAAAAAAAAAGGUGCAUCCAAACAAAUCAUAUCAGGUUGGUGAAGUCUAACGCCGAGAACCAAACCAGCGCACCGAUUAUCAACAAGCAUAAAGCCAUUAAUCCUCUCGCUAUGUACUAUGUACGCGCCCCCCGUUACUCCCUCUCUAACCAAGACAGAUCGUUUUCAGAAAGCCACAUCCGUUUUGUAUUCAUAUUCAUCCUUCCAACCAAUUUCCUGAGACAUGGCAAUAUCCAACAGCCAGUUGACAUUGACGAUGCGUGGUGUUUUCCCAGCCUCAAGAACCAUUUGACGAAAUCGGGGCCAAACUUUGACGUGUUCUGGCUCCUCACCACUCACAAGGAAUACAUCAUUUUUCAUCAGGUGGUCUUCUUCUUCAUCUGAUUCCGAGUCCGGGUCUCGACGACGAUGGUCAUUCAUGGAGACACGUCCCCGGAACAAUGUACAUUCACCACCAUUCGCCUCGGCAAUUGACUUGAAUGCAUCAAAGCCACCACGAAUGGUCUCGACACAGCAGAUUCGAUAGUCGCGAAGAAGUUUGUUCUUGUUGGUUUUUGCUCUCUCAAGGGUUGCCGCCAAGUUGAAGCCUACCUUCUUCUCGGUAAUUUUAUCAACCAAGGCAAAAUCGGAAGGGUCAAGUAGCUCAUCUUUCGCAAGGCAUUCAGUGACGUAAUCAAUAUGCACAACAACAGGGGCAUAGGCAAGGGCGCUGACAAACUUUGGUGUACGGAGAAUGGAUGGCGCAGCAAGAUGUGUACAUUUCUUUGCGUCUUGAGUGAUGGCAAUUCCCAGAUUGCGAAGGUGUCGCUGGACUCAGUUAGGAUUUGCUUACAAUCAUAUAUAAAUUCGAGACUCACCUUGUCUGUGUC